AUGUGUGAGCGGGCAGCGCGUUACUGCCGCGAGAGCGUCCACAGGCUGCUCCGCCAGCAGCAGCAGCAGCAGCCGGCGAGCGGCGGUGGUAGCGGCGGCGGCGGCGGUAGCGGCGGCGGGCUGGACGGCUUGCUCCGCUGGGUGGUCACCAAGAUGAGCGACGGCAAGAGCCCCCUGGCCGAGCGGGAGCUGCUGCCCGAGGAGCCCGGGGCCGCCGGCGCUGAGCCGAAGAAAGGCACCUCGGUCAUCCUGGACAUCUUCAGACGAGCAGACAAAAAUGAUGAUGGGAAAUUGUCCUUGGAAGAAUUCCAGGCCUUCUUUUCUGAUGGAACUCUUAAUGAGGAGGAGUUGGAGAAACUUUUCCACACCAUCGAUUCUGACAACACCAGUAACGUGGAUACCAAGGAGUUGUGUGAUUACUUCGCUGAACACAUGGGAGAUUAUGAAGAUGUGUUGGCAUCCCUGGAAACACUCAAUCUCUCCAUCCUGAAGGCCAUGGGCUACACAAAACGGGUCUACGAACGAGGGACAAACGUGGACCAGUUCGUGACCCGUUUCCUGCUGAAAGAGACGGCCAAUCAGAUUCAGUCCUUGCUGAGCUCCGUGGAAAGUGCCGUAGAUGCCAUCGACGAGCAAACCAGCCAGAUAAGACACAUCCACAAUAAAUCUGGCCAUAAUGCUAUGGACAGUUGGUAUGACAAUCCUGUGUCAGGUUAUUCACCCAAUAACAGAAUCAUGACCAAAGAACGCAGGAAAAGUUUCCAGACUGCAUCUUCAGACACCAAGGAGGAAUGCUUGGAAGCACAAAUCAACAGAUUAGCAGAAUUGAUCGGAAGGCUGGAAAACAAGUAUCUUCUCUUGGUCCGAAGCGAAAUGAACGUAUCCCAGAAACACCUGGGAGAAUUCUGUGCCUCCCUGAAGCAGUACUUGAAGAACGUGGCUGGAGAACAAGAUUGCUUCCAUGUAACUGCAGUCAGGCUGCCUGAUGGAGUCACUUUCAUUGUCUACGAAUUCUGGGAGAAUGAGGAUGACUGGAAAAGGCACCUCCAGAGCCCUGUCUGUAAAAGUUUCCAGCAUGUCAAAGUGGAUACGCUGAAUCAGCCAGAAGGAGUAUCCAGUGUGUCAGUGCCAGCUGCCUGGUGCACCCUCAACCGAGACUGA